AUGCCGUCCUUGCAGCGGUUUGGCCCCUGGGCUGGCAUUUACAUUGGCUCGACCGCUCCACGCCGAAUGCUGAAGCACCCCCGGUCUGAGAACCCCGAACUCCCUAGCUUGAGACGAGACGCCAUCCAGGGUCAAGGGGAGCUGACGUUGCGCUCAGGGUUCGCCCAUGCGAAUCGGGACAUCCCCAUCGUUCAACCAUCUCUUGCCUUCAGCACUCCCGAGUCCCAUCCAUCGCACGACGACGCCGACGACGCUAUGGAUCACGCCCAUAUGGACCACUCCCACAUGGAUCACAGCGCCAUGGACCACGGCGAUAUGCACGGCGGCCAUGGCGGCAUGGGUGACAUGUGCAACAUGAACAUGCUCUUCACCUGGGACCCCACGAACCUGUGCAUCAUCUUCCGCGGCUGGCACGUCCGCGGCACCGCCUCGCUGGUCGUCUCGCUCAUCGCCAUCGUCGUCAUCUGCAUCGGCUACGAGGCCCUGCGCGAGGCCACACGCCGCUACGAGACCUGGGUCAACAAGAGGCAGGAGACGGCCCCUCCCGCCGAUCAUGAUAGACCCGUUACUGAGAAUACGCCGUUCCUAUGGUCAGGACGCAACCAGGUCGAGGUGAACAAGCGGGCCCAUAUUAUCAAGGCCCUGUUGUAUGCCGUGCAGUGCUUCUACGCCUUCAUGAUGAUGUUGCUUUUCAUGACUUACAACGGCUGGGUCAUGCUGGCCGUGUUCGUUGGGAAUUUCGCCGGGUAUGUCUUGUUCGGGAACUCUACCAAGGCUACCAAGGAGACUGCGUGCCACUAG